UGGCGGUGUGGACCUGCCUGUCCGCUGGAAAACAAUAGAAACAGCACAGAGGGACAGAGUUAGCCCCGAUCCGCUAUCAGCUUUAAAAAAAAAAAAACCGUACUUAUCACAAGUCGUGCUCAGCAAGGGUAAGAGUAUCCGAGCCAUCGCCUCGGAAUAAGAGAAGUUCAAAAUAUGAUGUUUUAUUUAAAUGUUUCGGGCUAGCCACUUAGCUCGCUAGCCAAGCGUUAGCCCCUUCCAACCCAAAACACAGCGUUAGCAGCUAGCGGCUAGCAGCUAGCGGCUAACUAGAGGCGGAGGAUCAGCUGUUUGCUACACAGAUGCUGUAGAGGAGCGGAGAGCAACACUUUCACGUGAAGGAAAUGGAGUGAAGGCCAUUAGCAAGACAAAGGUCGCCUGCAUGGAGCCAGCACAGGAGUCUUUGUAAAGGGCGAGGGGGGGUGUAUAGACGCCCAGAGUGAGGAAAAAAAAAAAGAGCCUAAUUCAGCAUUUUAUGGACCUGAGCAACCUGAGCCGGGAGUAUACUACAAGUCUUUAUUGAUGAUGGCGGAUUUUGUUACACCGCGACACAGCGCGGUGAUGGAGAGGCUCCGCCGGAGGAUCGAGCUCUUCCGGCAGCAUCACAACAGUUGCGAGAGCCGCUACGAGAACGCGACGCUGGAGCGGCUGGAGCUGGAGAGGCAGCAGACCUUCGCCCUCCACCAGCGCUGUUUGCAGGCCAAAGCAAAGCGGUCCAACAAGCACCGGCAGCCUCAGAGCAGCGGAGACCAACAAGCCGGGCAGAGAGCGCCGGGUGGAGGCGGAGGCGGAGGCGGCGGAGCCAGCGCGGAGCACGGGGAGAGCGGAGGGACGGCGGCGGAGCAGAGCCGGAACAGCACCCUGAUAGCGCUGCAGGAGACGGUGAAGAGGAAGUUGGAGAACGCUGGUUCUCCUCUGAGCAGAGAUCAGGUCAACGGUUUCAGCGACGCUUUCCCUCCACACAAGAAGGCCUGUCUGGACAACGGCAACACUAACGGCUCCCCGCUUGACUCCAAACUGGGAAUAAGUGAUGCGCUGAUCUCUAACGGGAACCACGGACCUACUGGGGACAAAACAGAGAGCGGCAGGGAAGCAGGAUCAGACUUCCAUCGUAAGGAGAUGAAGCAGGAGCCUGACGACAUCCUACCCAUCAUGCCUCCAUCAGGAGGAGGAAACAACAGCCUGUUCCCCGACCUGAACCUGAACGAGCAGGAGUGGACAGAGCUAAUGGAAGAGCUGAACUGUUCUGUGGCCUAUGAAGACAUCCAGGACAUCCUCAACGACGGCUUUGAGGACCGCAAAGACCCCCUGGAGCUGGCUCCCACUCCGGGCAGUGCUGGGGCGGUGGGAGGAGGAGCAGGAGGACCAGUAGGCAAUGGGGGAGGACAAUCCUCUCAGGGUUUGCUUCCUCCUGAUCUGGUCAACGUGAAGACCGAGUUCUCCCCUGCCUCUGUGGCCUUCGAGCAGGACUCUCGCACCGGCUCCCCUCACAUGAGGUCCACCUCUUCUGGGCCUCCUCCUCACCCCACCAGCUCCCCAGUCGCCUCCUCCUCUGCCUCCUCCCCAGCUCUGCCCCCAUCCCAGCCAGCUCCUCCACCUAGACAGCUCCAGCCUCCCCCCAACCAUCUACUCCCCCCAGGCCCCCCUGUUCCCAAAGACCUGUCACCCGCCCAGCAGCUGCAGCAGCUGGCUGCCCAGCAGCAGAGAGCGCAGCACCUCCACGGCCAGAUGCAACACAAACAGCCACAGCCAGGAGCCAAGUUCCACAACCAGGGGCCCCACGCCCACCCCCCAGCCUGGCCUCAGAUGGCCAAUACCUCUCAAAGCCCAAUAGGGGCCGUAUUUGGUAUGGACAAGCCCACAAGCCCCUCCCUUUACCCCCAGGACUUCAACCCUAACACCCAGAAGCAGCAUUUGAUGCCUGCUCAGCCCAAUAAAGCCUCUCCCAAGGCAGGGGCCAGCAGCUACUUGCAGGUGCCCACUGGACACCCCAACAUGCUGGGUCACCCAACUGCAGGGCCGCCUCUUAGCCACCCGACUGCACCAGGCGCUCAGACAUCGGCCAACAUGCUGGACUAUAAGAACACCAAACCUCUGUCGCACUUUGAGGCAGGGCCCGGACCGCCGCGGCUCCCCAACACCCAGAGCCAGAACAAGGCGGUGCUGCUCACACUGCUCAGACAGCAGCAGCAGAUCAAACAGAAGAACAGUAUGAACUUCCGGCAGCACAUCCCACACACACAGGACCAGAACGCAUACCCGGCUCCUCCACACGGCCCGGGUCCGGCCAACACCAUGGCCUCUGCCCCCGGGAACAACCCCAUGACAGCCCAGCAGGGGCCGAAUGCCAUGACAGGUAACCAUGGUAACGCAGCAUACAUGAGCAGCCAGGCGGCGGUGGCAGCAGCACUGAAACAACAACAACAGCAGCAACAUCAGCAGCAGAUCAUGGAGCAGCAGAAGCAGCAGAUCAUGGAGCAGCAGAAGCAGCAGUACAUGCAGAGGCAGCAGCUCAUGGCUGAACAGGAGAAGCAGCGUCAGCAGGACCAGCAGCUGCAGAGACACCUUACCCGACCCCCACCACAGUACCAGGACCAGCCGGGACAACCGGCCAAUCAGAACCCUUUCCCACAGCAGCCAGUCAACCAGUUUACAGCUUCCUCUCAGCCAAUGGGCAGUGUUGGCUCGAUGGGAGGCCCCGCCCCCGGAUCUCAGCGUAUGUUCCCUCAAAACCAAGGCAUGAUGGGUAUGAACAUGGGCCAGGGUGGUGGGCCUGCUGGUGGUGUAGCUCCGCCCCCUGCAGCUAAUCAGGCUGACAUCAGUCUGUCGUCGUGUGGGGGCGGAGGUGGCGGGGCCGGCGUGGACGUGCAGCAGGCGCUCUACAACAGCAUGAACCUUCACCCUAACCAUCCCAACCACCCCUCCCACCCAUCUCUCCCGUCGCACCCCCCACAGCAGGCCGGCCUUCAGCGUCAGACUAUAGGACCCAUAAGUGCCUCCUACAGGCAGAACCUGCUGGCUCAGCAACAGCACCUGAAGGCACAGCCCAACGCUGCCAUGUUGAAACAGCAGCAGUUGGCGGCGGCGACCCGAAUGCCCGUCUCCAUGCAGAACAGUAUGGGGGCUAACCUGCCCCCCUCCAUGACGGGAGGCAUGCAGGGCCCCCAGAGCGCCGCCUGGCAGCAGCAGCUGACCAACCAGUCGCCAUCCAGCAGUGCCGGCCUGCCCCCCAACGCCUUCAACAACCCCCCUAACGCCUUCCACAUGCAGCAACAGCGCAUUGCCAAGAUGCCGCCGAACGCCGCCACCUUUGGAGCAAACCCCGGCGGGCGUCCAAUGGGAGGCCUGAACCCUGGGCAGCAGAUGAUGCAAACAAACAUGGCCGCCGCCCAGCAGAGAGCGCCGCCCAACCCUCAGCGCCUCGGCCAGCCUAUGGCCAAUCAGCAACAGACUCAGCAACAGCAGGCCAAUCAGAGCCAGGCAGUACUGCCCGACCUGGCUGCGUUCGGACAGCCGCAGGGCAACGGUCGCCAGGGACUACAGUGUAACCAAGGUUACCAGGUGGGCAGGACUGCCAGUCAGCAGCAACAGCAGCAGGUGUCAUUUGGUUACAACGUGGCAUCGGGGAGCUUUGCAGGCGAGAGCGAGCUCGUCGACUCGCUGCUAAAAAGUCAGAGCACGCAGGAGUGGAUGGCCGACCUCGACGAGCUGCUCGCCAGCCACCGCUAGUCACAAACUCCUGAGAAAAACCUGAAAACACCUUUCUGCACCUGGAGGAUGAGGCACUGAGGACUUCCUGAUGAAAUUGAUCAGUUUGUCUGUGUUCUGAUGAUCAGCUGUUCUGAUCUGUAGCCAGGUGGGGGGGGGGGUGUUAGCGUUAGCCUCACGGCUAGCCGAUGCUGAAGGUCAGUCAGGCUCCUCCCUCAGUCUCUGAAAAUCUACUGAUCGUAAGAGUUUGAUGGUAAAAGUUGUUUUCGCAGACACUGACAGUAGCUGUUUUCUGCCCUGAUGUGAUGGGAGUGUUUUUACAUUCUCACUUCGUCACCGCAGAAUAUGUCGCAAACACACAUAACUAAGUCAGCCGACACGUAUAGUCAUGGCUAUGCAGAAACGGUGACCUCACUGACAGCAGCUGAUCACUCAGACACUUCAGUUCAGCAGAUUGAGCUUUUCAAUCCUCCCUGCUGGAAUGAAGUACAACCUGUUUCAUCCUCUUCACACCAGACUCCAUUCAAAAAUCUAGCAAUUUAACGAUGAAGUGGCUGCUGCAGAAAUCCACACCUGGUAGAACAAAACUGAAGUUUGUGCUUUAAUCCUGCACGGUAUUCUGGUUGUUCAACUUGCAGGGAAUCUUCUAAAUAAUAUGUCCCCUAACUGGAUAGCCCUAAAAUGUAAAGGAUAUGUAAAAGUCAAUAAUGUGAAGACACCAAACAUGUUAGAGUUUGGAUCUCGGCUUGUCUCACGCAUUUCUGAGACUUUUUAAUUUGGUUUCAUUCCUCACAGGAACUAAAAAAAAACCAGAUCAUUUAUUUGACCUACCACGUGUUUCAGUGGUGUUCUACCUUUGUGUGUAAUUCUGUAACAGAGCCGCUCGUCAGACUGAAGUCUGUGCAGAUGAAUAAUGUAAUGUUGUCUGGAGACUGAAUGAAGGAGUCGUAUUUAGACUACUACUGAACCCACAGCUCAGUGCUGAACCACUGUACCUGCCCCACAGCGCCACCUACAGACCCUCGGCUUCACUCAAACACAUUUUCAAAACCUUUAAAGCAUUCAUUCUUUUACAGCUCUUCGCUCUUAACAUAUGUUACACAGAUAAGCGUUAUGUGAUUAUAAAGGACCAUUCUGGUGUUUUUUGCACAUUUUACUACAAAUCAUGAAUUAUUUUUAUUUACUCUGACCCUUUUCCAAAGUAAAUUAUUAUGUUUUCUUGGCACUUACAGGGUAAUACCAGUAUAAUAAACCCUGGUCCUAAUUUAAAAGUAAAGGGGUCUAAAUAAAUCAUAGGUAUAAAAAGGUCUCCAGUAGAUUUCUUAAACCUGCAGCAGUGAGUUAGGCUGUGAAGGCUGCAGGUAGUCAGCUGUUACAUCUCUCUCUUUGAAGUCACCAGACUCCAUGAACAUAAACAGUCAUUUAACCUCUCUGAACACAGGAGUAGCUAAUCUACCUCUGCCUUUAUUUAUUAUGUUGUCAGUUAUUGAGGGAGUUUGGUGUUUAAAAUUUCUACUCCAGAUCCAUCAAACGUUUAUGUAACACAGGAACACACACAGCAGUAGGCAUGGGAAUCGAAACCUGUUUCCAUAACAACCUGCUUCCACACUUUAUAAAACCCGAAAAUCUGUAAAGUUUGAGCUCUGAGCUGUCAGAGGACAAAGUUGAAAUCAGAUUUGAAAUCGGCAGGAUAAAAGCUGGCUAGCUAACUAAACAAGGUGACAUAAGGUUACAUUGGGAUGUGUUUAGGGUCGGCUCAGUAAAAUGACUUUUAGGCAAAGGUAAAUUAAACCUCAUCAUGAUGUGUUCAAAUGUAACUUAAGAAAAUUAAGCUUUGGCGACAAACUUUGAUAAAUAAUGACAUUUUUUGGAGGUGAAAUAUGUUUGCUUUCCUAGCAGUAUAAAAGAGAUGUUUGAGUUCUGUUAAACAACAUUGUUGUCAUGUUUAGCCACCAAAUUUUAAAAAGGGUUGGAAAACGAUAAGGACUUGGAUCGACUCGUCAAGUCUUGAUAAAACUAUCAUUAUAAAUAAAAAAUGAAUUAUCCCCAUCCAUCGAGAGCGGUAGAGCAGCAGCUUCUAUGAGCUGUGAGCUAAAAUAACAGUUUUUAUCAGUGGAGACUGGUGGCUUUAAAAAGAGCCUCAUUUUCCACCAGUACAUUGAAGUUACUAAAACCUGUUCCACUGCUGCAGGCUGGAGAAAUGUACAGAAGCAAUUCCAAAACUGUUUCUACUUUAAGUUCAUUAGACCCCAAAGUUUGUAAGAAAAAAAAUCAGGUUUCCCUUUAAACAUGAAAGUGAACUUGCAAAAAUAAUACAUCUCAUUAUGUCUGCUAACUUUAGUAUAAUUUUUAUUUUACAGUGGUAUCAUUUUACCACACCAUGUUACUGUGAUGAAACUAAAAGCAGACAUGAUUUCUGAGCCAAGCAAGAUGAUUUUCAUAAUGUAGACAAAUAUAUGCACCAUGCCCUGUUAUUUAAAGAUCUACAACCAUGCAGCUGGUUUGUUUAGGGAAAUUCCCUGCAGUUAUAUGAAGUGAUUAUUAUUAGUCGACUGACUAAACUUCAUGAACUGAUCAGGUGAAUAUCUCUAACAUGUCAUAGGUCCAGUUUUCUUAUAUAUCUCUCCAAUGAGGUUCAAAAGUGUUUUUGUCAGAGCAUUGAAUCACAUCUCAGUUCGUACUGAGUCUCAAUCAUCUGCAGGAUGUUUUGAUUCCUUCUCCAACUGCAGCAAAUCUUUGAUUUCUCUCACAUUCAUUCAGACUGAAUAUUUUCAGAUUCUCCUUCAGUGGGAUUCAUCUGAUAAACUGUUUAAUAGCAUUUCUUUAGGUCUCAUAGAGUCAUCCUCAGUAGAAUGUGCAAAAACAUGAAUUAUGUUCCUUUAAAUCUGAAGUUGAAGAGCUCAGAAGAAACUGUGCAGCAGACACAUGAAGCAACACUUUCCCUGUUGAAACUUUUCUGUAUGCAGACGUCCUGAAUGAAAAAAAAAAUUCACACUUAUUGUGACUUGACCGAUACCAUGUAACGAUCCAACACGGCUACGUUAAAAAAACUACAAAACACUUCAUGUAGGCUGAUGUUUGGGAGCAAGGCACACCAUACUUCCUGUGAAAUAAUUAGACUUACUGCUAAGAAGUAAGUGCAUCACAUCCUUGCUCAGACUGCUACUCAGAAAAAUCUUAUCCCACAUUUAAGACAUUAUCCUGGACGUUUUGAAAUGUUAUCAGGAUUUGAACUUCCCUACUUUUCUGUUCACACGUUCCCAGCAUUAAAGAACCAGAGCUCGAUGUCCUGCUGCACGGCCGUCUGCAGCCUCAUUCCAAACUGUUUCACAUCUAAUAUUUCAACACAUUGAAGUAUAGUUUUAUGAUUUAGUUGGAGAUAAAGCGUUACACUCAUCUGAUCAGCUGACACCUUGUUUUGGGGUUUCACAUCCAAAUUUCGAAGUUUUGUUGACGUUUUUCAGACUGACCUCCUCCUGUAGAUUUAUUAUAACACGGGAAGUAAAGAAGGACCCACAGAGUUUCAGAAAACUGUUACUUCAUUUAUUUAUGCCGCGUUCAAGUGUUAUUGGAAAAGUGAAACUCCAAGCUGGUAGCUUAAUAACAAGGUUCAACUUUCUUCACCGUGAACAAAGUCUCCCCAGGCUGUGUGCACUCACUCCAACUAAUCGCUGCGUUUAAGAUCCAAAUAUUGGCGUUAUUUUCUACUCGAAAGGAAAAACAAAUGUAUUCUGUCCUGAUUUUUACAGACUCUUCCUCACACAAGCUGCUUAAAGGGUGGAGGAUUGAUCUGCCUGGGAGUCUUCACUCAGGGUAAAAAAGUCCCAUGAACAAAAAAAAA